AUGCGUCUCUACUCGAUUGCACUCCUUGUUGCUGCUGUUUUCCUUCUCAACAUUGGGCCGGCCACCUCCUUCGAGAUGACCAACUCCGUCAAUCCGAUCGUAAUCCGUACCCUCAGUUACCAAACUGGUGCCUCUCCUAGGAGGUCGUUGAGACGUUACGAUGAGGAUGAAGAGAGAGUGAUCGGCGCGGGGGCGUUGUCAGAACUGUCAACCAAAUUCAAGGGUGGUGUGUCGAAACUCGCCGAGAAAUGGAAGAACAUGGGCAACUAUGAGGCUCAAUUGGCUACCAAAAUGAAAAAAGUCGGGUAUGUUGAUGACUACUUUACAAGCGAGAAUUUGAAUGAUUUGGUCAUACAAGUUCGACAGUUUAACUCAAAGAGCCCCAAGAAGCAGGUCUCGGUGAUUGGAACACUCACCGCCAAGUUCGGAGAUGAUGGUCUUGCGAAGGCGCUUGUGAAUGUAGAGAAGAAUACGGAGUCCGCGACACUUAAAGGAUAUCUUACAGCAUUGCGUGAGGGCCAAUUGCAGAGGUGGUCGGAUGCAGGUAACUCCGUUGACGAUGUUGCCAGGCUUCUGAAGCUUGGCAACAAAAAGAAUAACAUUGAGAAGUUGGUGGUUCUGGACGACUACGCCAAGCUCCUCACUCCUGCGAAUUCCUAUGAUACCCUGGUCAACGGAUUGGUUAAAGGAGUUCCCGAUGAAAACAAGCUGGGGGCGCUUCUAUUGUCUGCAAAGCGGGAUCCCCGUACAAAGGACUUGGCCACGAAUGUACAGACGUCUUUAAUCAGCAAGUGGACGGAAGAAACUCAAUUACCAGCAAACGUCUUUCAGUGGCUCAAGCUGUACGAUAAACUGGAUGAUGCUUUCGCCCCCGAUAUGUUUUACAAGUUCGUGAACUAUGUCGACGAUUUUAACAAGAGGGAUCCAGCAAACGCAAAGUCAGCGCUUGAAAUCUACAGGAACAGUUUCAAAGACACUGAUGUGGCGACCAGGCUCGUAUCGGUGAUGGACAACGACCUCGCAAGACCUUUAGCGCUGGCACUACAGGCGCAGCACGUAAAGAGCUGGAAAGAAAGCGGGAAAACAGUUGACGAUGUUUUUACGUUACUGAAGAUUGAAACCAGUGAGGGCGCAGCGAUCACUAGCCGAAAGUUAGACGCGUUGGUGAAGUUCAUUGAGCUAAAGGGGGGAGAAAAGAAUUUGAUCAAGACGCUGAAUCUGCAGUUUGGUAGUAGAAGGGAGCUUGCGUCGCUUUUGGAGAGGGCAAGUACGAUCGAUGAAGCUACAGCAUUGCAGAAGAAACAAUUUACCUCAUGGGCAGCUAAAGGCAUCAGUCCGGAGGACGUUAUGUCCCGUAUAUUCAAGAAGGGUGUUGAUACAGCAACGCCUGAGGAGAACACGAUUGUGGCCAAGUUCAAAGCCUUCUUCCAGAGUCAAAUGGGUAACUGA